GAUCAUUACUACAAUCUACAAGGAAUUGUCCGUCUCAAAUAUAAUAUAGAGGAUCUGCAUACAGAAGGUUAUUAUCUGUUAAAUGUGGUUGUCUAUUUUUCCUAUGAGACAUAUAGUUCCUAUACACCUGAGAACACCUUUACAAUCUUUGAGAACACCAAGUUACCUAAAAGAAUAUGUAGCUGGGAUCAGGGAUUCAAAACCUCAGGUUUCUCUAAGACCCAGUGGUAUGCAGACAAUGGAAUACCAGACGGACAAGUUCUGCCUGACUGGGCAGCAUCAUCAUUCCUGAAUGACCUUCACAUUGCUGCUUAUUUACAGACAGAACAAUGUGGUCAGACUGAUCUUCAAUAUACAGAUGGAUGGAAUCUUGGUUGUACAAAGACUGUCAGUUUACCUAACAUCACAGAUUCCACAAAAUGUCACCUGACCUCAGCUUGUACUGCAGUAGAAUGUUGUACUGUAAUCGACUUCCUUUCAAGGUCAUUCAGGCUAUAUCUACAUAUUGACCCCUGUACACAAAUAUUGUAUCUUGAAAUUGAACGUUUCAAUAGAAAUGUUUCUUUAAUUGGUUACAUGGAUGGAACCAAGAAACAGUUUGCACUUGUUGGAUCAGUUAUGAUUGACUACGUGAUAGAAGAUAUACCAGGAGAGAGUAUGUACCUGGUCAGUAUGAAUAUAUCUUACUGUUACGAGGAUAGACAGCCAUGUUAUAUGGUCACUACAGUGUUUGACAAUACCAGAUUACCUAAAGAUCUGUGUGAAUGGAAAACUGACUACCAUAUUCCAAAUUUCUCAUUUGAAACAUGGCAAGGAGAUCAAGGAUUGAUAAUAGGUGACCCUUUGUCGAUGUGGGCAGAACUUUUAUUAUACGAACAAACUGGUCUGUCUCCUUAUUUACAAGAUAGUAUGUUUCAAUGUAGUAGAAACAGUGCCAAGUUUAACUCAUCUAUUGCUGGUGGAUGGAUUAAUGAAUGUAGCUUGGAUACCACCAUACAGGAUCUACCUAGCAGUUACAGUGAUAUAACAUGUCAUGUGACAUCAAGCUGUACGGAAAUUGAGUGUUGUGUUGACUCUGUGAAACUUCGUAAACCUUUCCAUGUGGUUGUCAAAUUAGAUCCAUGCAAGUUUGUCAUCAAUGUAGGAAUCGAAAACUUUCAAUUCAUAUUGGCCAUGGCAGACUAUACAUUUGGUGAACAGAGGAACUUCUCCUUGGGAGGAAUAGUGAAAACACAGUUUACUGUGUAUGAUAUUGAGUCAGAAAAUGCCUACCUAAUAGAUAUGAACGUUUCUGUAUGUACUGAGAGUGCCCAGGCAUGUGAGCAAGAUUAUGUGAUAGCAGAAAAUGUUCUUCUGCCCAAAAAACAAUGCACAUGGGAUGGAGGAUUUGUUAAUCAGAAUGUCUCUUUAAUCCAGUUUAAGACCGAUAAUCAGAUCUCAGGGAACUUGGAAAGCUAUGAUGCCUCUCGGUUUUUGAAAGAAGCCUUGAUAUCUUAUUAUCUAUUAGCUACACCAUGUGAUAGAAGCAGUGAUUUGUAUUCAUCUGCAGUAAAUGGAUGGACAUCAGGUUGUUCUGUACUUCCUACAAGUACCUUGCCAGCGCUUGCCGAUACAGUUUCAUGUAAUUUUGACAUCUCUUGUGAAAAGGUUACAUGCUGUUUUGAGGAAACAGAAGUAGGACGAAGUAUUGAGGCCAGUGUUCAGAUAGAUUCAUGUAAAGGAGAGCUGAUUGUCACACAUGAGAGAAUGACCAGAACUAUAUCGUUGGUUGGCUAUGUUUGGGGAACCGAGGAAGUGUACAAGUUAAAUGGAGUUUAUGGCCUUAGGUUUACUGUGAACAAUCUGAUGACAAGUAAUAAGUACUUAGUGAACAUGGACCUGAUGGCAUGUUAUGAGGCCAAUGGUGCCUGUGCUUUACUAGAAACCAUCUUCACUGACUUUGAAUUAUCGAAGCAAGUUUGUGAUAGAUCAACAGGAUUUAUUAAUUCUCAGUUUUCAUAUAGUUCCUGGCUGUCAUCAGUUGGUCUACCAGCCAAUACUUCACCCCUACCAGAAUGGGCUAGACUACAACUGAUCAAUGACCUUGAUGUGAAUAAUUACUUUGGUCUUGAGAACAAGUGUUACAAUGUUACAACUGUAUUUAUGACAGGAACUGCAACAGAUGGCUUCAACAAUGAAUGUGUUUCAACAAUUGCACAUGAGACAUUUACAUCAACUGAUAGCAUCGUGUGUAGUAUCCCAACAGACUGUAAUGGGGUACGAUGCUGUGUUGAUGUGCCACAGCUAGCCACAUCUCUGGAAUAUAAAUUGAUUGUGGAUACAUGUGGCAACAGACUACGUCUUAAAGUAGACAAACUGGAAACGGACAUAUCAUUACAUGAUUAUGACUUUGAAUCUAGUGGUAAAUUCUCCAUAUAUGGCUUGGCUGAAAUAAAUUACCUAGUAAGCAAUCUGUUGCUAAGUAACGAGUAUGAAGUUACAAUGUCAAUAAAAUUCUGCCUGAAUGCUGAUACCUCAUUGGCAUGUGACCAGGAAUACACCAUCUUUAAUAAGACAAUCUUUAAUAAAACAAGCUGUGAUUACAAUACAGGCUUCAAAGAUUCAGGAUUCUCUCUAUCCACAUGGUUAGCAGAUAGAAGUUUAGGAUUAACAACUAUGUCAAUAGUGGAUGCUGAUGAUUUAUUACAGUUACUGCAGAUAGAUGAUUUUAUGGAUUAUUCCAACAUUUGUAACUUUACUGGAUCACCAUAUGUUGGUGCUGUAGAUGGAUGGAAUAAUGAAUGUAACAAUGUAUCAUCAGGGGAUUUAACUCUUCUACCUUCAUCAGAAUUACUUUGUCAUAUUGCUGCUGAUUGUAAUGCUGUUUCCUGUUGUGCCAAGUCUGAUGUUCUGAAACGAGACUUUUAUGUUGCCGUAACCUUGGACACUUGUAACUACAUACUGACAAUACAGUUAGAAAAUCUGAUUAUUGAAAAGGAGUUAUUGAAUUAUGUUUGGGGCUCAACAGAAAACAUGAACCUCUAUGGAGUUCUGAGAGUCAUGUAUCGUGUAAAUCAUGUUGUGUCAAUGAAACACUUGAAUGUUGAUUUAACUAUCAAAUUUUGUUAUGAAUCUGGAUCAGGGUCUUGUUUACAAGACUACAUUCUAUUUACCAGUAAUACACUUUAUUAUCCUGAGUGUUCAGAGCCUACCUUGCCUUUCUAUGGAAUUACAUUUGAUUUCUGGAACCCAACAGCUUGUAGUCUGUUUUCUUUAGGAACUUAUGCUCAAAGCUGUGCUGGAGUAACCUUCACCACUUAUGCUCAGACGAGAUGUCAGAUGGCUGCUGACUGUUUUAGGGUCACAUGUUGCUUAGAUUUGGACUACUUGCCUGGUAAACAUAACACUGAGCUGACAUUUGCUUUGGAUUCAUGUGCUGAUCAAAUUGACUACACUCUAGAGAGACACUCAUGGACAAGAACAGGACUGGCUUCAAUUGAUGGAACCGAUCAAGUUGAAUCGUUGUCUAGCUCAUUCAAGUUUAACUUUACUCUGGACACGACAAGUUCAGCUACAGCUUACAAGACCACUAUAGGUUUGACCGCAUGCUACAUUUCUCCUGGAACAUGUGAAGAUUAUCAGUUACUGACAGCAUCUGACCUGAAAAAAAAGACAUGUCCAGGUCGCAGGAGACGUAGAAGUGCAACAACAGAGGUCGACGUCACCGACAUGAAAACAGGCCUACAGAUAUUGACAGAUAGAAAUGCAACUGAUGAAGAGAAGAACAUUUAUAUUGCUGCUUGUAUUGAGUACAGUAAAAAUAGUAAAGAUUAUUCCAUAACAUAUGUCGGUGAUGGUGAUGAAAAAACUGGUGGGAAGUCUGCUCUUAAAGCUCUUGGUAGUGGAAAUCCAACAACUGUUGGUGUGAGUGGAGAAGUAUUCAGUGGAACCUUUACAGUACAGGGAGGUGAAGAAAUCUUUAAUGAACUUGAUGUAGCUGUGACUGGUAUAAAGGAUGCCUAUGCUAUUGGACAAGGAUUGUCGGAAGUUGGAGCCAAACUUUUAGGAGAGAAGUUAGCUAAUAUGACAGUUGGUGACAUUGAAACUUUAAUGGACUUCAAGAAUAUUGAUCCAAUAUUGGUGGCUCAGCUUAUGAAAGAUCUGAGAGACUUAGGAAAGGCAUUGUAUUCUGAGUUUCUUACCAAGCUUCUGAACAAUGGAGACCAGGUGUUUGAAUCUUUUGACUUCACACUGAAGGGUGACUUUAGUUUCCCUAAACAGGAUGUAGAACUAUUCAGCUACAGUAUUCACAUGAUGGUUGGUGGACUAAUACCAAUGCAGUUUUCAUUUGGAGCUGGAGCAUACUAUGGAAUGAAGUUUGAAAUUGGUGCCAAGGUGUUUGAAAUGAAGGCUUUUUGUGGUGUAGAACCUUAUGGUGGUGUGACAGUCUAUGGUGAACUUGGUAUUGGAUUUUUACUGUAUGGAAAACUUCGUUUAGAAGGAAGAAUUAUGGACCUGCGUUUCCCAACAACAGCUGAGAUUACAUUCAAUAAGUUCCCUCUAGAUGUUGGUCUGGUUAUGUACUUGAAACUGACCCCGAUUGAGCUGAACUUGUAUGCCCUGGUGACCUUAGAGGUUAAUCUUGGUUUUGUUAAGGUUAAGAAAACCUUGUUUAAGGCUACACUAUGGUCGUACAAAGCUCCAACAAUUACUAAGAAACUGAUCGACAACAGGAAAGAAGAGGAAGACAAAACUCCUCCAGAAAUAUCACCAUUUACUGAUGAACCUGGUGCAAAAAGAAAGAAAAGGGCCACACCAAGUUGUGAAGUAGAACAGAUAGCAGGUAGAGACUAUGUAGAGCCAAUGUUUGAAAUCGCUGUACGUGCUGAGGAUGACAGAAGUGAUGUUGCAUAUUUCCUUGAUGUCGGAACAGUACCAGGAGGAAAAGAUGUAAUGGACCAGCAUACUCUUGGUGGACCAAAGACUUCAGUUGAUGAGAGACUUAGUGCUACUGGGGUCCCUCUGUAUUUUACAAUGUAUGCACAAAAUGAUGCUGGUGUGCGCUCCAUGGCAACAUGUUCUUUAAAUACAUAUGAUGUAACUCUUCCUGGUGGCCGAUUCACAGAAGACUUUUUAUCAACCAGUAAUCCAUCAGUGAUGAAGGCAUUCGUUGUUGUAUACGAAGACUCUGAUAUAGUUCUGACACAAGUCGGAUUGGGAUAUGGAAAAGAUGUGUGGGGCGAUCAAUUAAUUCCAUGGAAUACUGUCAAUGUAAAUGCUAAUGCUUUUGUACCACCAGAUCUAAGUAAUGACCCACAUAACCAUAAAGUUAUGGAAAUGUUCACAGACUUCAGAGAAGGUCGACUGAUUGCACCACUAGGAGGGGAGAUUACCAAAGAACAUUCAGUUGGUGACUGUGCUAAACAAUGUGCAGACUUGCUUAACACCAAAUGUAUGAGCUUCAAUUAUGACUUCAAGGAUGGUACAUGUGAGCUGCUGGAAGGAAUAGAAGGCCACCACUACAAGCUGGCACAGUAUGGAAUGUUCCGGCACUAUGAAAGACUUGGUAUUGGACAUAUUUUGAGUUUUGAUUAUAAUACUUUAUGGCUGACCCAUAAUAAGACACAUUACUUCAACUUCCGCAUCAUAAACACUUUAGGAUUUGAGAGUAUUAUUUCUACCCCGGGAAUAAUGGUGGAUACUACACCACCAGAAACGGGUCCAAUAUACAACAACACGAUCGACUAUUUGGAAUGGGUAGAUUGCAGUACAAAAAUAAUACCAAGUGAUAGACAAGACUUCCUUAUGUGGUGUAGAGGUGAAAAUUCAGCAAUUAAAAAUCACAGAGUAAUACAAGAUGGGCCAGAUUCAUUAUCAGUUUUCAAUGGACCAAUAUUUAUGAAUGAUAUGCUGUAUACAAGAGCAAAUAAUUAUAUCUCAGCAAACUGGGAUGGAUUUAAUGACAAGCAGACAGGAGUUUUAUUUAUCUCUGUUACUGUUGGAACUGAAAUCUGUGCAGAAACAAUCCAUGAACAUUAUGAUCCACAUUCUCAUUUGUUUGAUAUAUCUCAGUGGACACAUAGUGCUAUGAUUAGUCCACUCCCAGCACCUUAUGAGCAGCUCCCAGAUGACCAGUAUUUUAUUACAGUAAGAGCUAUAAAUGGGGCUAAAUAUGGAGGUCCUUUUGCUACAACUGUGUGCCACACAACUCCUUACAUCGUUGAUAAUUCACCUCCAAUUAUAUAUGAGCUGUAUAACAUUCAGUAUGAUGAAUUUCAGUAUAACCUGACCUACAGACACAAUUCAUCUGAUCCUGAAUCAGGUAUAUUAUAUAAUGAUUGCUGUCUUGGACUAACCCAAAGAGACUGUUAUGAACUUCCCUGGACGAGACUAGAUUUCACUGAUUUUGUAACAAUUACUGUGUCCAUUACAGCUGGUAUACCAAUAUGGGUAAAAAACAAAGCUAUUAAUAAUGUGGACCUCAGAACAAUAAAAGCAGCAGACCAGCCAAUCAUUGUGGACCCAACCCCUCCAAUUGCUGGCAAAGUUUAUGAUGGACAGACUUAUGAUGUUGAUCUUUUGUUCACUAAAGAACAAGAUGUGAUAUGUGCCAACUGGCAAGGCUUCUUUGAUCCUGAAUCUGGAAUUUCGUUCUACAUGGUUAGUGUAGGUUCUGAACCAUUAGAAAAUGUUACUGACGUCUCUAACUUGACACAAGUAAGCAGGAAGUUACACGAGGCUUGCGUUCUUCUACAACAAGCAUCAUAUCUUGAACAUGGCAGGAUUUACUAUACAACAGUCUGGGCAUUUAAUGGAGCAGCCAGACAAUUGAAUAUUUCAGCAAUUUCAAAUGGAGUUUUGGUUGAUUUAACUCCAUCUGUACCUGGGGAAGUUAUUGAUGGGUUGCUGGAUAAUUUUAAUGACUUAGACUACACUUCAAGUCAGGCUAAAGUAGAAGCACAGUGGAAGGAUUACUACGACCCAGAAUCAACUAUCAAACAGUAUGAUGUACAGGUGUCCAGUGCUCAAAACAUGUCUAAUGACUUCACAGUGAUUAGAGAAUGGGUGAUGUUCAAUAACGAUUCCACCAGUGCUAGGUGGCUUAAUUUCCACUUGGCACACAGAGAUAGAAUAAAGAUUGAACUAAAAACAACAAACGGAGCUUUGAAUUCCAUCGUAAAUGAAACUGAUACAUAUAUUGUGGACUUAACUCCUCCAGCCCUGAGUUACAUUGGAGAUGGAUUGACACAGGGUGAUGAUAUUGACUUCCAGUCUGAUGCCACUUCCUUGAGUACAAAUUUCAAAUUUGAAGACAAUGAAUCUGGACUGGAUUACUAUAGAAUACAGAUCUAUGAGAAGUACCAGGGUAGCAAGAGACAACUCGUCCCAAUUAUUAAAGGUAACUGGAUGGAUCUAGUCGGUGACCCAACAAGGACAUCCUACACUCACACAGGAAUGUCCCUGAACCUUGGGGCCGCUUACAGUAUCAGAGUGGGAUCCCUUAACAAAGCAGGACAUAUGUCAGUAUUUGAAACAGAUAGUGUUAGAGUGGAUACUUCACCACCUUCUGUAAAGUGGUUAAGAGUAGGAACAUUAAUCUCUGGUCAAGAAGAGGAGGUUGGAGGGUAUGUGUAUCAGGCCAAUACAAAAGGGAUCAAGGCAGCCUGGUUGGCUGUUGACCCUGAGUCUGGAAUUAUAGGGUUUGAGGUUGCUGUCGGAACUUCACCUGGUGGGACAGACAAACUAGGAUGGACAUUAUAUGAUGCAGAGAAUGAUGCAUAUAUACAAGGUCUUAGUCUAGAUAUCACCAACCUUACUACCUACGAGCCUGUGUAUUACAUCAGUCUAAAGGCCAAAAAUGGAGCACAACUACUCAGCUCAUCUUUGUCAUCUACUCCUAUAGUGGUUGUUGAAGAAGACAGAGCAGGCCUUGUUGUCGAUGGAGCUGAUGGAACAGAUGAAAACACACCAGCAUUAGGCGUGGAUGUAGACUAUACAGUUGAUACCACCACUGUAACUGUGACCUUUGAUGGAUUUGAAAGUCACCUUCAUGGUGUGAUGAUGUAUGAGUGGGCUGUUGGUACCUCACCAGGAGGAGAAGAGGUACAGCCAUUCAUGAGUGAGGGUAUUAUACAUUCAGAGGAAGAAAAUGUAGCAGGAGACGGAGUAACAAGUUCUGGACAUGCCCAUGCCACAUUACCAAUGAAGCCUGAGACCAUGUAUUAUGCCUCUGUCAGAGGAAUCACUAACAGCGGAAAUGUUGUGCAGUCAUCAUCUGAUGGUUUUACAGUUGAUGUUUCACCACCUUUGAUCAUUAUUGACAGGUUAACAGACAAGAUCCCAUCAGAUCAGGACAUCACUAGCGGUAAUUCUCUGUACCAGACAACAACUGACUCACUGACUGCCCAGUGGACAUACAAUGACACAGAGAGUGGUAUAGAACGUGGAUGGUAUUCAGUAGGAACAUAUCCAUUUGCUGAGGACAUAGCGUCAAUGGUUGAGGUAGAGAUUUCAUCCAUGGAUUUUAGUACUCUACCAUUGGCUUUUAUUACUGCUGUUGAUACAGGAAAGCCAAAUAUCAUCAGCAUCUGGGCAGAAAACAAAGCUGGUCUAGUAUCUGAAGUAGCUACAGGCUCAGUAAUUAUUGACAAAACUCCACCAGGACUAGGCUAUGUCUCCUGUCCUGAUUAUGUUGGGUUGAAUGCUCCUAUACUGUGUACAUGGCAUGGCUUCCUGGACAAACAGAGCCCCAUCCAGAAAUACAUCAUAACAAUGGGAAGUCAACAAGGUUCAAAUAAUAUCUACAAUGGAACAGAGGUCCCAGGAUAUAUAAGUCAAUAUUCAAUCCAAGGUCUUGGUGACAAGUUACAUCACGGUGAUAAAUACUAUGUGACAGUGACUGCAGUAAACUAUGUUGACAUGGAGUCCUAUGGUUUCUCUUCUGAGAUUGGUAUAGACUCAACUCCGCCAACCUAUGGUAAAGUCAUUGACUUACACACUACAUACAGGGUAGAUGUCACCAACACUGAGAUGACGUUAGCUAUGAAUGCCAAGAAAUGUGACACUGAUGAUGAAUGUGAUUUGCUGGAUGCCACUUGUUCUGAGUCUAUGACCUCAGUGUCAGCCACGUGGCAAGCAUUCCAAGAUCCAGAAUCUGGUGUAUUAAGGUACCAGAUAGCUCUUGGAACAACACCUGGUGGUGGACAAAUCAAACCUUUCUUUGACAUAGAUUUAGAAGAUGGUGUCAGAUACUAUACCAUUGGUGGUCUCAAUCUUGUUGGUUAUAGAGUGGUUUAUGUUUCUGUGAAAGGAAUCAAUGGAGCUGACCUGACAAGUGUUGCGACAUCCAAUGGACUCUAUAUGUCAUACCUCAGUCAGGGAAUGGCUCCUCUCAGUCAUGUAGGGGUUGCUGAUGUAUUGGAGAAUUCUGUUGGAGAUGUUCAGUUCCAGUCAUCUGACCACACUUACAGGGCAUCAUGGGAUAUGUCAGGUGAUCCAUGUCCAGUCAGUAACUAUGAAUGGAAGAUCCAAAGGCUUGACGGUCUUGUUAUUCAAGACUGGCUGCAAAUGAAUUUGAAUACUGAUGGCAUGACUGAUGGAUUGGGAUUGGAAAAUGGAAAAAUGUACUACUCUUUAGUACAGGUGACCAAUAAAUUGAACUACACUUACAUUCUAAGAUCAGAUGGUGUCACUAUUGAGAAAAAUCCACUAUUACCAGGAAAGGUGUUUGAUGGAGAUGUUAGAGGCUAUGACAUUAACUACUUACCAUCAAAUAAAAUUAUCUAUGCAAACUGGGAUGGAUUUGGUUUACCUGCUGAUGCCAUUACACAAGUAGAUGUUUUAUCAGGAAACCCUGGAUUGAAAGUGGAUGAGGCACAGUUAGAGGCACAAAAUCCUAACCAGGAAGUAGUUUACUAUGAGGUUGCCGUGGGAACAGACAGAAGAUUUCCCAAGACCAGGGAUGAUGUUGUUCCAUUUACAGAUGUAUUUCUAAACAAAACUGUCAUUUUCUAUGAUCUUGAGUUGACCCCAUUAACUGGUAUCUACUACUUUACAGUGAAGGCAUACAGUGCUUCAUACUCUAUAGCAACAGUCACUUCAAAUGGUUUCCAGGUUGGAUUUGAUGGAGGAGUUACAGCUGGGAUUAUUGUGAUGGAGAAAUACAUUCCAACAUACACCUAUUUAGAUAUUCAGUUUGAAGGAUUUAGUUCCAAGUUAGAUAUCUUGAUGUACUACGUGGCUUUGUCAAACAACUCUGAUGCCAAUAACACUAACUGUAAAGCAUAUAUUGAUGGUGGAUCAGCUACAGAUGAAGAGAAGAAGCUAUUGUUUACAGAUUAUGAUGUUACCAAUAUCAACAAGUACACGGUCACCACAAUGACAGGUCUCAAUCUGACACAGGGAGAUACCUAUUAUGUGUAUGCUAUGGGUACUGAUAAAUCUGGAGCUUGUGGUAUGGUCAUGCAUGAAUUUACUGUUGACACCACACAACCGGACAGGGGCAGGAUAAAAACUGGACCCUAUUAUGAUAUGCCUGUGACUUACAAUCGAGCCAAUACCUCAGUGUAUGUGUAUUGGGAGGGAUAUGGUGACGAUGUUUCUGAUAUAGCCACAUAUGAAGUAUCUAUCUGGAGAAAUAAAUCAUGUUCAGAGGUUGCUGAGUCUGAAAUGGUCGUUAGCUGGAUUAUCUUGUCAAAUAAUUAUACAGAUUAUAGUUUCAUAGAUCUAACUCUUAAUAAAUCAGAACCACUAGUUGUCAAGUUUAUCAUAACAAACGGAGCAGGCCUCUCCAUAACAGAUGAAUCAGUACCAAUAUUAGUAGAUAUGACCAAACCAACUCCUGGAAAAGUUGUUGAUGGCUGGGAUUUCAAGAAAGAUCGUGUUUGGUUUAGUUCUCCCAGCAGUGCCAAAGGAUCUAUUCUGCAUUUGGCAACUCCAUUUGGUCAGGCAUGUCCAACUCGUCCAGUGUCAAUUGUCAACGAUAGCAACUGGAAAAUCUUACAGCAAAUAGGAUUCAGAGAUCCCGAAGGACAGGACUGGCCCAUUAAGAUGCGUACAGAAAAUGUUGGAAAGGAAAUUUUUGAUGAUGAAUUAUGGAUCAAGUUGGCACGAGAUACAAAUUUGAACACUAUGUAUUCCGGAGGAUACUACAGAAAAGCUGACUAUCAAAAUGGAGGAGAAUGGGAGUUUGAAAUAAAGGCUGCCAGUGGUGAAGGUAUGGCUGCAACUUCUAUAAUGUUAUGGGACGGACCAGAAGGGGAAAUUAUGCCAUACGAUCAUGUUCCGGAGGCUGACUGGUCUGUCACUGUCUGUUAUUGCUGUUUUGAGAAUCCUAUUCCAACAACAUGCACUGCCUGUAACUGUACGGCAUAUUUAGCUGAAAAGUUUGGUAACGAUUCAAUAGUCAUACCAACAACUGAAGCUGUUCCUGUUGUUGAUAAUAGCACAUCAUCUCCAUACCAGGUAGUUGAAAACCCUACAGGUGGCGCUGUCACCUCACCUAUUGAUUUAUCAACACAGCCUGCCCGAGCUUCGUGUGGUAUUGAAAUUUUUGCAGGUAAUGACCCACAUGUUGUAACAUGGUGUAGAAUCUUCAAUGAUACAUUACCCCCACAAGUGGUAGAAGAUGUCAUAACUUUUGACCCAUCAGCUGAUUUCCAUAAUUAUAGGAUUGUUGUUGACUUCGAAGCUGAUGAAGCUGUGAAUCCAGCAUUGUGCUUCUAUUUGUAUGUGGAUGGUGUAUUAUGGAGUAAAGUAUGUGGCAUACGUGAUCUCAGUACAGACACAGACCUCAUCUUCCAUGUAUUCCCUAAAAACAAUUAUUUACCACCAGUUGUUGACAGUUUUAAUCCCUAUUCCACCAAGGCAUUCUUCAGAAAUGUAGUUUUGCCACCAGAGCCAAGUGCAUAUUGCAGAUAUGGUGCUCCAUUCCGUGGAGGUGAAAAUCCAAUAAUUAAGUAUGAAAUUGGUAUUGGAACUACAAUACUAGGUACAGAGGCUGUUCCUUAUAGAGAAAUGAUAUCACCAUGUCUCCCAUGUUAUAACUUUUGUUCACGUUACAAUUGUAAUUCAACCUGUGAUGCUGAAGAACAUGUGUUAUACCAGUUUAUGCUUGACAACUUUACUCUGCCAGCUACAAGAAUUGAAGACAAUGAGACUAAACCAAUAGAUUAUUAUUUCACAGUGAAAGCUGUGCUUAGUUCUGGUGUUACUACAGUUGUGUCUUCAGAUGGAUUUUACAUUGACGAUACACCACCAAUAUAUGAUCCUGAUGUGAUGGGCAGUGAUAUUUAUAUUGAUGUAGAUCAAGGGGAGUUCACUCCUGUCAGAUAUCAGGGAUCCAACAGCACCAUCAAGUCAUUCUGGAGAUGUUUUGAUGAAGAGAGUGAUGUAGUGGAAAAUUGGUGGGCCAUAGGUACCACAGUUGGUGGACAUGAGUUACAGGAAUUUGAGUCUAUAGGCACCAAUCAAUUUGCCAUUAACAGUACAUUUGAAGGCAUCUUGGAACACAAUACCACAUACUAUGUAUCUCUGAUAUGUGAGAACGGUGCUGGACAUGUAGUGAUCUACAAUGAUACUAAAGGUGUUAUUGUACUUCUUGAGGAUCCAGUAGAUGAUGUAAAUACCACUAUACCUGGUGCUACCCAGUUAUCAGCUGAUGUCACUCCAAAAGAUGCUCUUCAGAGUACUGAUCCAACUAAACUAGGAGUUUCAUUUACACUUAGUCAUGAUGACUCGGUCAACAGAUAUGACUUGUGUUUUGGAACAGAUGAAGAAAAGGAUGAUAUUUUCCCAUGUACUUGGGUAGGAUACAAUGUUUCUGGGACGAUCAUGGUUGAAGAUGGAUGGGUGAAAAUCAAUGGAAUGAACAUAAGGAGAUUAUCUGAAUUAAACCCUGUGCAAAAUACAAGUUUGUCUGAAUCAGACCGUCUCUCCAGUGCCAAUAAUGCAUUCAAUAUGGAGCCAGGACGUACUGUGUUUAUGAUGAUGAGGUUAUGUAAUGCUGCCAUGAGAUGUACUAACAAGACAAUGGGUAGUGUCAUAAUAACCAAUGCCAACACUGAUCUAGAAACAUCACUCAAUGGAUUGGCUAUUACGAUAACAGUCACCCCAGGUUCUGGUAGAAGGAGAAAGAGAGCUGUCGGAGAUGAUCUGAUUAUUGUAACACCAAGUAAUUUGACUUCUGGACACAGUACAACAUUUACAAAACUCACUCAAUCUGAGUUAACAGCAAGCUAUGAAUCUGCAGCUUCAACAGAUUUUGUACCUUAUAUUGUUGAUCCAUCUACUACCACUGAUUUAGUGGACAGAAUUCUGUUAGGAAGGCUCUAUGGAAGUGAAUUUGCCUUUGCCUUUGUAUCUGUGGGACAUAUUAUGAUGCCUGGACCUAUUCUGAUGACAUACAGUGAUGCUGCUGGACCAGGACCCCAUGAUUCAGGCAAUAGGACCAUAUUGACACACUGGAAUCCAGUGAGACAAGUUUGGGAAGAGUCUAGUAGAACAUGUAAUGAAACAGAUACUGAGGUCUUCCAUAAUGACAGUACUGUCACUGUCAAGGUAUGCAACACUUGGAGAGAUUUAACAGAAGGUGUAGUCAAUGAACCGUACUUCCGUCAUGAGACAAUGUUUUCUCUGUCUAAUGCCAAAGCAACCAUUACAAAUUCAGAACCCAAACUUACAGUGCCAGAUGUUAUCUUCAUGUCAGAAGAUGCAGGUACAAUACAGUACCAGUUGGAAGCUACAGAUGAUGAGGGUGAUACAAUUGAGUUCUAUCUGGUUGGUAACUACACUAACUAUACCAUGGGAACACCAAUCCUAUCUGUUGAUGGAAUCCUGCUGUUCACACCUUGUCAGGACUGUAUGGGUAUUGAGACAUUCCCAGUCAUUUUACAGGAAGUUCAAUCUGAUCCAGUUACUAUUCCACCAAAUAAUGUAACAGUAUGGCUGACUGUCAAUGUAACAGAUAUAGUAGACCCACCAGUCAUUUUCCUAACUUUGGUAGGAGAAUCACAACUACCAGCAGAUCAUACGGAACCAGUUAUAGUUUAUCUGGAACAAAAGAAUGAUUGGAAUGAGCCUAUAUGGUCACCAUCCUGGUAUGCUUUAAUAGGAGCUUAUGAUAUUGAAUCAGGGGAUAAACCACAGCUUAAUGUCCAGGAACCAGUUGUAGGAACUUUGAUUAUCACAGACAAUACAACAAUGUUACCCACCAUUGCAAGUUCAUGCCCAAAUGUAACAGCAAGAACUGAUGAUAUGAUGUUCCCAUGUGAUCUCGGCCUGUUGAAGCCAGUAAAUGAACAUGAAUGGAACUACAUGAAAUUGACAUACGUACAGAAUUAUUCAUUCUCGGGCUAUGAUGAAGCAAAAGUAUACUUCUCAGAUGCUAAUGGUGCUUUGUCACGUCUUGUCACCAUACAGUUUACAGUGCUGGAGUCACCAUGUCGCAAUGAAGGAGAAUGUGAACCUAAGAACAAGAGUAUAUCCUAUCCAUGUGAACACUACCGUAGGGCUAUUGAAAGUUUUGAUAUCAACUACAACUGCAUAUGUGCCUCUGGUUGGACUGGUAUCCAUUGUGAAGAGAAUAUCAACGAGUGCAUUAGCUCCCCUUGUCAAGAUCCAUUUGUGUGUUAUGACUACAUCGACUAUUAUAAGUGUGCUUGUCCUGAGGAUUAUCCAAACUGUUUGUUGCGGCCAUGGAUGAUUGCCCUGAUCAUGAUAAGCUUGUUGAUUAUUGUAGUGAUUAUACUGUUCCUAGUUUACAGAUGGAAGAGAAGAGAUAGUCACAUACCUUGGGUUCAGAAGUACAUCUUAUGCCAAAGUGAUGAAGCGAGCAACCAAUUUGGGUCCGCAGACUCUUUUGAAGAUUAUAUGGAUGAUGAUUCUGAUGAAUUGCCAGGUAGAAACCCUAUAUUUGAUUUUGCAGAUCCAGAUCAAAUAUCAGAUGUCAUGGAAUUCCCUCCAAAAGAUGAAUGGAAAAAUGAGAAACGUCAUAUGAUGUCUUCAUUUGAACCUCUGGUCCCAACUUCUGGUUUCAAAAUUGCUCCGCAUCCAUCUGAAAUUAUUGAGGCCAAUCUCUCUGCUGAUAUUGAUGUCAUGUCAAAACCUGGCUGGAAAUUUCCUAGAACUGAUUCACCACCUAAACCAGGAUCCUCUGGAUAUGGUGCCCCUGUGCCACAAGCAUUGUCCAAGAAUGCCGCUCGGUGGGCUCUAGCUGAUCAACCCAGUGGACAUCCAGCACCAUCUAGUAGUAAAUCUCCUUAUCUUCUCUAUGACCGACAGACAACCACUGUAGAUCCUGACACAGUAUCAAUGUAUGAUGGAGCAGAUCUAGAAACAUUAGAAAUGUGAGCGCUUUGAUCAAUAAUUAACAAUCGAAACUGUUUACUUUUCAUGUCAGAUUUUACAGAAAAUUAAACCACAUUACUGAUUUUGAUUUUUUUUCCUAGAAAUGUCAUUUUAAAUUUUAAGAUGAAUGAAAUCCAUCCAAAUAGCUAUUUUUAUGUGAUUAAUAUCCGUCCAGGUAUUUUUAAUGUGAUAAAUAUCCAUCCAGGUAUUUUUGUGUAAUGAAUAUAUCUCCAUAUAUUUUACAAGGUAUUUUAAAUUUUUUUUUUAUAUAUAUCUUUAAUGAUUUUAAUUUUUUUUAUAUGUAAUUUUCAUAUUAAUGUAUCACAGUAAAUAUUAAAGAGUUGUAAAUAUACUCAGCAACACAAGAAAUACAACACAUCUUAUAUAUGGUCUCAGUUUUGUUUCAUUUGAAUGUUGACAUUUAUUUUUGUAUAAAAUGGAAAAAAAUAAGAAAUUACUGGAAACGAAGUUGUCAGUAAAAAAGUUGAAAAUCAAUAUUUUUGGAAUGCAUGUAAGGUAGAAAUUAGACUAGAAAUCAGAAAGCAACCACUGUGACUUUCUGUCAUUUAAAGGACUUCCAUGAGACUUUAAUUGUCUAAAAAUUUAUCAACAACAAAAAUUUGAGUUAAAUAUUGUUUUUUUUUAGAAAUAAUUGUGUUCCAUGAACUUCCUCAAACUUACAAAAUUUUAUACACUUGAUUUCAAAACCAAUGUGUCAAAAUUCUGACCAAUCUUAUCACUAAUUUUAAAGAUAUAGCAAAUUGAAUAUUAGAUUACAAAGAAAUUAACCGUGGUGGUUUAUAUAUUUUGUUGUAAAGUAAAUAUAUUUGUGUAAUUUUCAGAAUUGUUUUUUAAUACAUGUUACCGGUACAUUACAUAGUUCAGAAAUCAGAAUCUCAGUUCAAAAGAUUAUGUGAUAUUUAAAGUUGACUGUUAUAAAUUUUAGACUAUUCAAUUUUACUGAAAAUUUACUAUUUUUCUUACCUUUACUAAUAAACUUUUGAAAAAAAUUA